AUGAAGCCUCCUAUAAUAGUGAACACUGCUGUUUUUUUUUCCUGCGCUCACGCUCAUUGCGGUGCCACCAGACGCUCCCUCAACACGCAGAACGAUGCCGGCGAGUUCGUGGACCCGUACAUGCUGCGGAAAUGCUCUGCCAGCAACCGCGUCAUCGGCGCCAAGGACCAUGCGUCCGUCCAGAUGAACGUGGCCGAGGUUGACAAGGUGACAGGCAGGGUCAAUGGCCAGUUUAAAACCUACGCUAUCUGCGGGGCCAUUCGCAGGAUGGGUGAGUCAGAUGACUCCAUUCUCCGACUAGCCAAGGCGGACGGCAUCAUCUCAAAGAACUUCUGCCUCGAGAGGAACCUGGAUGUGGAAUGUAUUAAAGGUCACCAGCUGCUGCGGCUCAUAAUUUAA